GAUAAACCAACGAGGAAGAGAUUCGUGCUCGGUUUGAAACUCAAAUUUUGUAGCUCACUUUUUUUUUUGUGUUUCUGGUCUUUUUCAUUUCACUUUCUUUAUAAGUGUAUGCAUUUAAUAUAUUGCAGUGUAAAAAAUAUUUUAAAGGUAAUUUAACACUCGAGUCCUAAUUUUUUUUUACCAUUUCCUUAUAGAGAAUAGUAGUAUUAUGGUCAUUGUUUUUAAACCUUGCCAGUAUUUUAAGCACUCAUGAGCAACACACGGGCUCUGGUGAGUUGCACUAUACUUUCUCUGCAAGACACUUGCUUUGUGUAUCCAUGUUGCAAAUGCUGUCUAUCCAGAUUAAUUCAGGAAAGCAAAAGGGCUAUAUGCGGAAAAUGUGGAUUCACUUGUGACUUACAAAACGUGGACUACAGAUACAGGUUGUCAUUUAAAGUGUCCAGAAAGCAAGAUAUAUUUGGCGUGACAGUUUUCGGGGGCUGUUUAAACCCCUUUUUUGGCAUUACUGCUGGUGGCCUUCAAAGAUGUAUUGAUUUGGAGAAAACUGAAGGCACACAUACUGUUCAACAACUGCUUGUCAAAGCCGUGGAAGACUGCUUUAUUGGAAGAUGUGUCAUUUUUGGAUUGAAGGUACCUCAUAAUGUUGGCACUUCUUCACUGUCUGGACAGUUAGUGGCCUGCCAGAUCAUUUCUCCAUGUGAGUCUUUGAUGGGAUGUACAGUAAUUGGUUAUUUUAAAAACCUCCUGCGAGCAAAUUCUCACUCUUCCAGCAGUAUCGGUCCAUCACAACAGAAACACUCACAAUGUUCUCAAAGAAAUGAACUAAGUUUUGGUUAUACCCCUCCGUCGUGUGCAAAGUUGGAUUCUCAACCCAGCAGUGAAGGAUUCACACUCUCAAGCGCAUGGCAAUCACCUGGGUUAUGUUUCCCUCCAGAAGAAUUAAGUAACGAUGUGUUACAGCAGUCCAGACACUGUGAUCGUUAUAUUCUUUCACCAAAGCAUGAAGAGACAAAAACAUGUAAAUGCAGUUCCCAAAGCAACAUCAGUCAUUUGAAGCAGGAUGAACUGAAGAAUGAAACACAGAACAGUCACAGGAAACCUUUUUGCUUGAGCUGUGACAUGUUUGAAUCACCAGUGCAUUUUAACAGUUCUACUGCAUGUGAUGCUGUGAAUCCACUUAGCACCUUAUCUUGUGGAAAUAAUACUGAAAUGACUAAAUCCGAAUGCCUUGUAAGAGCUAAAACCUGGGAAGAAUAUGAUGCACCUUUACAUGAGAAGUCACUUUACAGUCUCGAUUUAGAGGAUGCACCUUUAUCUGAAAGCUUACAUGAUUUUGUCAGCGCGGAGCCUCAGAUAUCAGAGAUGAAUGACACAAAGAAGCACACUUCAGGUAAAAGUGAUCAUGUGAUUCAAAUACAAAAUACAUGCUCACUGACUGAAAAUUCAUCGAGCAUCUCCAAAACUAUACCAAUGACUCUUUAUAGCAAAAAAAUGUCCUCACCAAUGUAUGUGAACAAUACAAGUUGGAAAGAGAACAGUGAAAAUGAUUAUCCAGAAAAUCUUGAAACUAAGACGAACAAUGUUGAGAUCCGUAACACUCACACUCUUUUGUGCGAUACCAAUUAUUCAAAAAAGAUGACUCCUUUUAGUCCUGACAUUACGUGUGCAUUUAAUCACUCUACAAACAACAGGUUGUCUCUUUCAAACAAAAAAGUCACUUUAAAAAGGAAAAAAUUAACUAGGAGCAUACCCUAUGUGGCUUUUUGUUCAGUAAACCAUGAAAAUGGCAAAUGUUUCAGGCACUGUGCACAAAGUGAAGUCCAUUCUGUAAAUUGCAAAGUCAGGCAGGAACGUAUUGUGUUUGAUGACCAUGAGGAGAAGUACAAUUGCUCUGUAGACUUGUUUGCUUCUGGUCAGAGCAGUAUGGACAUGGACCUUUCCGACGUGACAGAGAUUUGUAAAGGUAAUGAACCAAGGCAUGUCAACACAUCAGAGCCUGGAGGUUCAAGUUCUCUGCUUUUUUUGCCAUGCUUGCAAUCCACCCCAGUUUCUUAUUAUAACAACUCAUGUGGACAGAAGUCUAGACGAAGCCAAAAACGUGUAGACUCGUUGUGCUCUGGAAAAAUUAAAUGUGAAUUUAAAAGCAAGAUCAUAGAUCUGAGGUUAAGUGAUGAAAGACCAAAGGUGGAUCAGUUGCCGAUUGUUGGGUCUACUGAGAGUUUCUCAGGCGAGUUUGACAUGCAGGAUGCAAGUUGUAAUUUGUCUGUAAAUGAGUGGUCCAAAGAUCUUUUUGAAAAUUCAUUCUGAAUUAAAAUUUAGAUUAAUUACAAUAUGUGUUCUGUUUAGUAAUUGUAAAUAAACUGCUGGUUGAUUUGUUUAUAAAUGUUUAUGGAAAGAUUAAUUUUUAUUAUUAUGAUGAAUACAUACACAGAAUUGUAUAUUCGUAUGUAUUUAUAUUGUGCAAAUUAAACAGACUCAACAUGUUUAAUUUGAAAAGUUUGACUUAAAAAUGUGAGAAAACACGUUUGUUUAAAAAAAAAAAAAAAGGAAUCCAUUUUGCUCAGCGUCAUGUCUACCAAUACUUCAGCAACCUUGAUGUAUUAAAAUAGACAAUCAAAAUGCCAUAUUGGUAAAUUAGUGAUAAGUAAAUCUAUUUCCACAUGUCUGAACAGCGUAUUGAAAAAAUAAUACCAAGAUGAAAAUAUUGUUUUGAACCCACUGAAC